UUUGAGUUUCACCAGAGAGGAGCUGGGCGGCAAGAAACACACACAGUACUGAUCACACAAGGGGACUACGCUGCUCUGGACCAUGCUGUCCUCGUCUCUCCUCCUGCUCUCCAUCCUGCUGGGGGUGAAUGAUUCCCUGGGGGGGUCAGAUUUUAGAAUCUGUGCCUUCAACCUCUAUCACUUUGGGGACUCCAAAUCCAAGAAGAACGAUGUCAUGCUGAUUCUUGCCAGGAUCAUCACUCGGUGUGACGUGUGCUUGCUUCAGGAGGUCAGAGACAGUAAAGGCAAAGCUGUACCAGAACUGCUCCAGCAGCUCAAACGAUACGACCCCAAACACGGGUACGGACACGUGGCCAGUGAGAGGCUGGGCCGGUCCGACUCGUACCGGGAGCAGUACGUGUUUGUUUACAGGACGGACACGGUGACAGUCACCGGGCAGUACCAGUACCCGGACGACCUCCCGGGAGACGAAGACGCCUUUGCCAGAGAGCCUUUCGUCGUUCGCUUCAAAGCUGCUAAAACCUCCAUAAAGGAGUUCGUCCUCAUCCCCCAGCACACCACUCCGACCAACACCACGAAGGAGCUGGACGCCCUGUAUGACGUCCUGCAGCGCGUGAAGAAGAUGUGGAGAACGGAGAAUGUGAUGCUUCUCGGGGACUUCAACGCCGACUGUGGUUACCUGGCUAAGAAGAACAGGAUCAAAGUACGGCUGAUAACAGACAGCAACCUGUUCUGGCUCAUACCGGAGGACAGUGACACCACCGUACGAUCCAGCACGUCCUGCUCCUACGACAGGAUUGUGGUGAACGGACCAACGUUUAACAGAGCAGUCGUACCUUCCUCGGCCAAGCCGUUCAACUUCCAGACAGAAUACGGACUAACAGAAGAACAGGCGCUGGAUGUGAGCGACCAUUACCCGGUGGAGGUUCUCCUGAGGGUCGUCAGGUCCAGAGCCUUACGCAGCAGCUCUUCCUUUACCAAGUGCUUCAGCUUAUUAGCCCUCAGCUGCCUCGUUUGCCACCUCUUUAUCUGGUAGCUGAACAGCAAACUCCUGCACUCCUGUAGAUUUUUAAAACAUCAUGAUUCUCCAAUCAAUUCAAAUUCAUUUCAAAUUCAAAGACAGUUUAUUAAACCCUGAAGGGAAAUACAUUAACACUUUAAUACCUGACAUCAUAUUAAUAUUAUUUAAUAUGUUUAUUAUAUAUUACAGUUAAGAACAUUCCCAAUUUUGCCCAGAACAGUUUCUAAAUAAUAAUUUUUGUAUCAUUAUUAAUAUAUUUGGUAAUUUAUGUACUUUUUUGUUUAUUGGUUAAAUUUUUUUAAAUUUGUAUUCUAAAAAACUUUGAUUAUUUGUUUUAAAUACGGGGGUGGAAGAGAAGUUUUAGAAAUUCAUGUAUAAAAUAUGAUGCUUGUGGAGUCCAAACCCCCAAAUACUAUUGAUGAUCCUAAACAUAAAUUAAUGAAGUGAAUAGUUUAAGAUGAGAAAAAAAGAUCACAACUAUUACACUUCUUCAUCAUCAUCCCUUCUGUGUCAUCGAACUGUACAUGACUGCACAGCCUUCGGUGCACAUUAGCUGGUUAAGAACGCAGAGUUUCUAUGAAACGCCAUGAUUCUAAUCUGAAGUCAUACUUCAGUCUUUUAGAAUGUAAAAUAUAUUUCAGGAUAGUAAGAAAAAAUGUAAGUAAAUCAUCUGUUGUAAAUACUUUUCAACAUCCUGUUAUCAAAUUACUUGUUUUUGAUUUGUUAAAUUUUAUUUAGGUUAUAAACAUCAUGGUGACGCUGUUUUGUACAAAUAUUUAUGGUUCUGAUAUUUAUGCUCAUAAAUUGCACCUCCCAUUUUAUUACAAUGGUGAGGAAGAAAUGCUUUUGGGCUGAUUUCAGAGGAAUAUAUGUUGCUGCCUGGGAGUCUGGAAAAGAGUUACAAGGCCAUUUGAAGUCAAACAUUAAAUCCUGAGGAAUAUCGUUGAAUAAACAGCUGCCAAUCUUCUCAGGGGAGGAUGUCCCAGUAAGUCCCCCAUCAGGUCUGAAUGUGGAGCAUCUCAGACUCUCACCCCAGUUAGCGUGGGGUGAAAACAAAAGCAUCAACUAAAUCACUCCAUACCCACUGUGGAGCACGGUGGCAGAGGAGUGAUGGUGUGGGGCUUGACGUGAAGCUGUUUUGCUCCCACGGGACUGGCACCUUUUUUGUCAAGUCUUGUUGGAAUAAUUAUGUAUAUAGGUAUAAAUGAUAUGUAUGUUUGAGUUAUCAUUUAUCAUUUGUCAACAAUAACUCUGAACUAUUGACCCUGUGCCUUGUUUUUUAUAUGUCUUCACCGAGACUUGCAGAAACAGCAGUUUCGACACCGAUGCAAUGAUGCUCACAUCCUCUUAUCAAUGACAGCUUUAAACAAUUAGUAAUGUAUGUGUGUGUGUGUGUGUGUGUGUGUUAUGAGAUAACGUGUUUAUCAGACAGGAAAGCAACGGUCAAAUGUCACAAGACGGAGAAGUGUGACUGCACCCUGUCUGACCCUCAGACAGUUAUCUGUACCCAUCAACAUAUAUUAUUCUCUACAGUAGAAGGCGUGAGCAGCCUCAACCCCUUUCCCUUACGCUGACUCAUGUUUAUGUGACUAGGGUGUUCCUGAUCAAUAAAAGGUGAGGAGAGUGCUGAGACUGGCAGAGUGGUGGAGAUUGUAACUGUAUGGUCCCACUCUACUCUCCUCGCGAGUAAUCACAA